AUGUCGGCGUCCAACGAAAACAAUGAAUUGGAAAACUCUCUGCACGAAAAGAGCUCACCUUCAUCAUCCAACGAGAUCACCCUUGAUAAUCCUUCAAAUCAUUUGGCGACCGAUGACACGAAUAAUGAUGGCGGGGAACCAAUUUUGGAGCGAUUCAUUCAACUCAUCGACCGCGAGAAACCAUCACCAUCAAAUGACGAUACCGAAGAUGAUAACGACUACUUUCUAGACGCGUCAACUGAAGAUCCGUUUACCUUGGAAUCCUUCGACACACUUAUACAACAACACGCGGAGAAAGGAAAAGAUUUUAUACUGGCCAGAGUAACCACGGCCGACUCAUCGGAUGAAUCGAAAACCUAUCAAUCCUACUAUUCCGCGCACCACAUCAACAAGGUGUUGUUCAGGACGCAACCGGAUCAAGGAUUGCUGCACCGAAUGAAGGCAAAGAAUCCACUGAACAAUAUGAAUAUCAUUGGCGACGUACAUUAUUAUGCGGUCAAGGCGGAAUCGGUCAGGUUAACGCAACAGUCAUUUGCGAAAUCUUCUGCAAUGUCAAUUUCAUCGCGCAAAACGUUGCAUCUCAAUGGGGACAACAUCGCCACGACGGAAAUAUCGGCGACUUCCGCGCUUGAUAAAUCUGAGGGAGACACCGUGAUUAAGGUUGAGGAGGAUGUGAACGAAGAAGAUUCAUCAAGCGGAGUGGACGGGCCCAAUUCUUCGUCACCUUCCGUAAAACAGGUUGAACAACAAAUAUCCGAUGGGAUUGCGCUUCGGAGAAUGUCAAACUCUUUGGGAAAAGAACGAAGAUGGUCUUCAGGUGAUCUGGUGCAGCAACCACCUAGAAUAUUCAUACCCGAAUAUUCUCUGCACGUCAGGAGACAUCAAUCGAUGAAUGGAUUACGCCCUUCAUCAAGUGUAUUAAAUUCAAGAAAAUUUGACACGAAAACGCUACUCACAAGGACAAUGAGUGACGAUAAAUCUACGAAAUUGCCGCUGGGAGACAAUGGCUCCAUUGAUACAAGCACCACUGCCACUACUGUCAACGCCACCAAUUCGCAAAUUAUGACGAAACAUGAAAAGACCACACCACCCGCACCCACAUAUAAGGCAAUAUUUUAUGCGACGGACGACGAUUUUCUUAUGAAAUCAACAGUACGACAGUAUUUCAACACAAACACGAUAGAUCCCUUGGACUCACAAUUAUUCUCCAUAAAUAUGUCGACACAAACUUCGAGCGCCACGGGAACCUUAGCGAGACAAGAGUUUUCAAAUGAUGGAUGCAAUUCAACAUCAACGCAAGAAAAAUCGAAUGACAACGCGCGUAACUAUGAAUAUGACGAUGAGUCUCGUGACGAAAGAGAUCACCCGGGGUUAAAGAGAAGAAAGUACACACAAGGGUACAUAUUCAGAGGUGGGAAAACAUUUCGUCAAUUUUACAAAGAAAAUUACGAGAACGUUAAUUGGAACCUAUUGGAAGAAGGCUUAUGGCUUCACCGAUUUUAUAAACUGUUUGCUGGAAUGCGCUGGCAAGAAAUUAUUGUACUAAGUUAUGAAGAUUUAGAAAAGUUGGGCGUGAAGAGGCAUGCUCCCAGGAAAAUUUUAAUUCAAGCAUUUGACAAUGUGAAAAGGGCUUUGAAGGAAAAGGAACGACAAG